AUGGAGGCUUCGUCCCCCCGGCUUGGGCUGCUGCUGGCCGUGCUCUGCCUGCUCGCUUCCCACGGAGGACCGGCAGCUUUCCUGGUCACCACCCCGUACUCGCUCUGCGUCUGCCCCGAGGGCCAGAACGUCACCCUGACCUGCCGGAUCAGCGGUCCCCUCGCCGACCGCCACGACCUCCUCUACAAAACCUGGUACUUCAGCAGCAACGGUGACCAGAGCUGCUCCGAGAAGAAGGGCAACGGCACCCAAAAAUCCUCCCUUGGGGGACAAGCCAGCCAUCACGGGGUGGAGUUUGUCCCCGACCACCAUGGUGCCUUUCACAUCGUGGUGAUGAACCUGACGCUGCAGGACAGCGGGAAUUACUGCUGCUACGCCGUGGAGGCCAGGCGGGAGCACGGCAAGCCCCACACCUUGCAGGUCGCUCACGGCUUCGUGGAGCUGCAGAUCCAGCAAGGCAGAGGAGGGCUUCAAAACUGCACGUUUCACACCACCACGAGCAAAGAUAUCACAGCCGCCGCGCUGGCAACGGGCGCCUGCAUCGUGGGCAUCCUCUGCCUGCCCCUCAUCUUGCUCCUGAUUUACAAGCAGAGACAAGCCGUCAGCAGCAGAC